UAAUUGGCGCCCCUUUAACUAAAUUCCCCUUUUCUCCAUAUCUUCGGAUUCUUUUCAAAUCGAUAAAAAUAAAAAGUAGAAAUUGAGAGAGAGAGAGAGAUCCCUACAAAAUCCUCUCACUACUGUUCACGAAUCCUUCCUCCUUCGCACUCAUCUCCAAGAUCUACAGAUUCUUCUUCAACCUCGAUUACAAUGGCGACGAGAAGACGCACUUUGCUUAAGGUCAUUGUCCUCGGAGACAGUGGGGUUGGUAAGACCUCGUUGAUGAAUCAAUAUGUGCAUAAGAAGUUUAGUUUGCAGUAUAAAGCAACGAUUGGUGCUGAUUUUGUGACUAAGGAGCUUCAGAUUGGGGAAAAGCUUGUUACUUUACAGAUUUGGGAUACUGCUGGACAAGAGAGAUUCCAGAGUCUUGGUGCUGCUUUUUACAGAGGAGCUGAUUGUUGUGCUUUGGUUUAUGAUGUUAAUGUGUUGAGGUCUUUUGACAAUCUUGAGACUUGGCAUGAGGAGUUUCUUAAACAGGCAAGUCCAUCGGAUCCAAAGACAUUUCCGUUUAUAGUGCUUGGAAAUAAGGUUGAUGUAGAUGGAGGGAGCAGUAGAGUGGUCUCCGAGAAGAAAGCAGCUGACUGGUGUGCUGCAAAUGGUAACAUACCCUAUUUCGAGACAUCUGCCAAAGAAGACUUUAACGUUGAUGAGGCAUUCUUAACCAUUGCCAAAACUGCUCUUGCGAAUGAACACGAACAGGAUAUAUACUUCCAAGGCAUACCAGAUGCAGUGACUGAAAACGAGCCAAAAACCGGUGGUUGCGCUUGCUGAACCGCAGAUCUGAGGAUUCAUUUACAUUCGUUUUUUUAUUAUGCAUUCAUUGAAGGUUGGUGUACUCUUGAGUUGCAGAACUAUAAGCUUGUAGAAGCAAUUUUUUGCCAUUCCAUCAUAUAUUAAUUGAUUGGUGGAGUCUCUGUAUGAAGUAUGAUCAGUCAAUUCUGCUGGAUAAAACUUUAUGAAGAACCAUUAUUGCUCUUUA